CUCGCGUAACACGUACUAUUUCUUUCUGUUUUGUCAGGAGGAAGACCGAAUCAGAACAUCUGUUUAAGUUGUUUUCAAGUCAGUAUAUCAAAGAUGUCAGACCAUUACAUUCCACUUGAUUUGCUUGCCAACAUAUUUUUGAAGUUGCCAUUUGAAUCUCUGAUCCGAUCCAGAUGGUAUCAAAAUUGUGGCGAGCUUUCAUCGACAGCUCUGGAUUCCUGGAAUUGCAUUUCAGGAUGUCCCAACUGAAAGCAAGCUCUGAUGAUGGUGAUCAUGACAACACCACCAUGAUAGUUGUCCUGAUUCAAGAAAAGUUCUACACUUUUUAUUGGGAUCAUAUCAGUAAUUCUGCAGAUGUAAAGGUGAAACAACUGCAGAGCCCUUUAUCUUCUUAUGAAGGUGUUGUUAAUCUGGUGAGUUCUUGCGACGGGCUUCUUUGUUUGACAUACCCGGAAAGAGAUAAGAUCAUUGUGUGGAAUCCAUGGAUUCAGGAGCACCUGGAGAUUCCACCGUCCCCUUUGAAAAGUUCCGACCAAAUCAGUGAUCCUGUUGGUUUUGCAUUAGGAUAUGACCAUGCCAACUCUGAUUACAAAUUGGUGAACUGGCAUUGGUUUGAGGACCUUGCUGAUGAUUCGGUUUCAAGCUCAUGUUGCAGUGGUCUCUGCGUUUACAUCUUUAAGCGGAACUCAUGGAGCCGAACGGGUAAUCUCCCAUUCAAGCUGUACACUUCCUACUACCAACCGGCUCUUUGUGCACCGCUUGAUGGUAAAUUGCACUGGCUUGCCAGAGAGGGAAGCGAAGUAACCAACUGCAUCAUUACCUUUGAUCUUAGUAGCGAAAAACUCGGAAAACUAACAUAUCCAACAUUUUAUGGCAAUGAUGAGGAAUUGAGCGUAUUGAAUGGUUGCCUCUACAUCAAUUGCUGGCAGAGAUUAGGUGAAGGUUUUGUUGUGCAGUUUUGGAUUAUGGAGAAAUAUGGAGUUGACAGCACAUGGAUAAAUAUCUGCUCUGUUGAAACUCCUUAUCAGAAGUUCUGUCAUUUAGUGCCAAUAAGAUACUCAAAGAAAAGGAAGGAGUUGAUGUUGCAGCUCAAUGGGUCAAAGCUUGAGGUUUAUGAUCUUGACAACAAAUCCGCGAGUAAUUUCACCAUUAGUGAUGCAGUUAGAUGUGUCCCUUGUACCGGAAGCCUCAUUAGUCUCAGGCGUGUAUCUGAAUCAUGGGGCACUUUAGUAUCAAUUGAAAGCAUGCUCUGAUGAUGAUGAUGACAGCAGUACUUUCAUGAUAGUAUCCUGGGGUUCAGAUUUAGUUAUACA